ACCGGAGCCGCGUCCUCCCGCACCCCUUCGCUCCGCCCGACACCUCUGCGGGGUCGCCACCUGGGGGGGACCUAAACCCCCGCCCCCAGAGUCGCUGUUGGGGUGCAGCAGGCACGGGGGCGGAGGUGACAGGGCGCCAGCAACGGGGUGCAGCUGCAAUGGGGUGCAGUACGGGCUGGGCGCAGUGCUGAUGGGGACCAGCUAUGGGGUGUAGCAGCAGUGGGGUGCAGCACGGACAGGGUGCGAUACUGACAGGGUUGCAGCGGGGGGAGCGAUGGGGUGGCACUGCUGCGGGGUGCAACACCGGCGGGGCGCGGUGGCUGCGGGCGGGCGGGAGGCGUGGGCGGUCGGUCAGGUGAUGCGGACGGCGUCAUGUGAACGGGGCCGGGGCCGGGCCGGGCCGGGAGAGUCGCUCUGGGCCCCGGCGGCAGCGAUGGAGACGAUGGUGCUGAGCGGGCUGGUGCUGGUGCUGGCGCUGGCGCUGCCCUCCCUGGCCCUGGAGAACGGGCUGGCGCGCACUCCCCCCAUGGGCUGGAUGUCCUGGGAGAGGUUCCGCUGUAACGUGGACUGCCAGGCUGAUCCCCGCAACUGCAUCAGCGAGCAGCUCUUCUUGGAGAUGGCAGACCGGCUGGCAGAGGAUGGCUGGAGGGAGCUGGGCUAUGAGUACAUCAACAUUGAUGAUUGCUGGUCUGCCAAGCAGCGGGACGCGGCUGGACAGCUGGUUCCCGACCCCAAGAGAUUUCCCAGCGGAAUUAAGGCUCUAGCUGACUAUGUCCAUGCCAGGGGGCUGAAGCUGGGCAUUUAUGGUGACCUGGGCGUCUUCACCUGUGGGGGCUACCCGGGCACCAUGUUGGAACACGUGAAGCAGGAUGCCCAGACCUUUGCCGCAUGGGGUGUGGAUAUGCUGAAGCUGGAUGGGUGCUACUCGUCUGCAGAGGAGCAGGCAAAGGGAUACCCAGAAAUGGCGAGGGCCUUGAAUGCCACAGGCCGCCCCAUUGUCUACUCCUGCAGCUGGCCAGCAUAUCAGGGGGGUCUUCCCCCCAAGGUGAACUACACCCUCCUGGCAGAGAUCUGCAACCUGUGGCGUAACUGGGAUGACAUCCAGGACUCCUGGGACAGUGUACUUUCCAUCGUGGACUGGUUCUUCACAAACCAGGACGUGCUGCAGCCAGCAGCUGGCCCCGGUCACUGGAACGACCCGGACAUGCUCAUCAUUGGAAACUUCGGCCUUAGCUACGAGCAGUCACGCUCCCAAAUGGCUCUGUGGACAGUGAUGGCAGCUCCGCUCCUCAUGUCCACGGAUCUCCGCACCAUCUCCCCCAGUGCCAAGGAGAUCCUGCAGAACCGCCUGAUGAUCCAGAUCAACCAGGACCCCCUGGGAAUCCAGGGCCGCAGGAUUGUCAAGGAGAAAUCCCACAUCGAGGUGUUUCUGCGCCCCCUGUCCCAGGCUGCCAGUGCCCUUGUGUUCUUCAGCCGGAGGACAGAUAUGCCCUUCCGCUACACCACCAGCCUGGCCAAGCUCCACUUCCCUGAGGAUGCUGUGUAUGAGGUACAAGAUGUGUAUGUCGGGAAGAUCAUCGGGGCCUUAAAGACAGCAGACAACUUCUCAGUGGUUAUUAACCCCUCAGGGGUGGUGAUGUGGUAUCUCUGUCCCAUGGCACUCCCGGUACAACCCUGGCACGUUGUCAGACAGCAAGCCCCUGGCGAGGGUUUCCGCCCAGCCCUUGUGUGACAGGGCCCAGGGGAUGGGAUGUGGACCAGUGCCAGGGUGAGCUGUGAGACCCCAGAGCACAUGGCUCUUCACUGCACAAGUGCCUUUUGCUGGUGAGCCCAGCAAUGCUGGGCAGUGACCAUCCAUCCCCUGGUACCAGCUUGAUGAUGUCUGCUCCGUCUGUGUAAAUCAGGAAUUCUUGUUGCCCACUGCCUAAGGGUGUGCAGAGCAUACUGCCUCGGUGAUUGCAAAGCCUUUUGAGAUCCUCCUGUGGAAGAUGCCAUACAAGUAGAAUCCAGCCACGACUGAAGUUUGGCAGCUCUGACACCUUCAUUGAGCUGGGUACUACUGGCAGCUGCAGAAGCUGUUUCAACUACACCUGUAGAAAGGCUUUGGGUGCUUUAGUUGGUGCUUUAGGGUUGUGACAUCCCCUUUUCCCACAGCCUCACACCCCAGGUGUGUGAUGGCGUUAACCUCAAGGAUCAGACUUGGUCACCUUCUUUCUUUUGCUCUAAUCAGCUUGGUUUAGAAUAAGGGGCUGUCUACAGGGCUGCAUCUCUCCCACAUAUCCGCACCAGGACCAAGAGCUCUUGGAGGCAUAAUGGUCCUGUGCAGUGAGGCUUUGCUUGCUCCAGCAGGCUGAAAACUCAGGGUUUCUCAGGGAAAGGCUUCUUCUCCCAAGGAUCUUUGCAUCCACAGCUCUAUCCUGAGGAGAAGCCUGCACUAAUAAACUGGAAGUGAGUGUCAGGACACUAAAGCCUCAACUGCUUCACCUUAAUACAGCAGUCUACCUAUGGAGGAGUUCUAGGUGACACAAGAUUAAGCCUCAGACUGGAUAAAUACGACAUUUUAGAUUAGGAAAAAAAAAAAAUUCUCUAUUCAGCUGUGGGAGGGCUCCUGGUCAUCUGUCCACUCUGGUUCCUGAAGGACCAAAUGGUUGAUUCUGGACCUCUCCAGAAACUUUCUCUGGGGUGCAGGGUCAAGAUACUGAACACAAUGCUUGCAGUUCUAAUAAGGAAAGACUUGCUAACAAAAGAAGGAGCUGGCUUUGUUCUUGGAGAGUGAUUGAGGCAAACUGAUUGAAAUAAAUGGAAGUAGAUCACA